AUGCUUGUAAGGGCAAACAGGGCCCAAUCUUCGAGAUUGGUGCUACCUUCACGUAGAACACUUUUUGGGAAGUUUAAACUGGCCCAAAAGCGGGUAGAGAGUUUUAAGAAGGACGAAUCAUUCCAUCAUGAGUAUUCGAUCCGUCCCGAUACUUUUGCAUUCAAGGUGUCUGGAGCCAAUGAAAAGAGCAGAUCUUUGACGGUGAGGACGCCCAACACGAGCACUUCCCCUGGGGGUGACGAGAUGGAACUUCCCAAGUCACAUCCAUUACAAAAGGGAACUGAUACCUCGGCAUACAAUGUCAUGGAUUUCAUUUAUAGAAACGCUACAAAUUAUCCAUUUGAAGACAAGACUCCACAAGAGGUUUUCAAUAGGUACCCGCUGAUUAACUCGCUCAAGCUCGGUCGUCUGAAGACACGUCCCAAGAAAAUAAAAAUGCUUACACUGGACUUUAUAGAAGAUUCAUUGUACAAUCCAAACUAUGGAUAUUUUUCUCAAGAAGUUGAGAUUUUCCAUCAGGAUAAGCCAUUCGAUUAUAAUAACAUUGCUGAUGUUGAUGAUUUUAUGGAACAUUGGCUGAGAGCCUAUGCGAAAUAUGAGGAUCCUAAAAUAAAGGCUACCAAAGAGGCAAAUGCCAACCGGAAAAGGGCGGCUGACCUGUCAACCACAAAGGAGGAAUCUACACCAGCUACAUCCACCAGUAAGUUUGUUGCCCGAGCCAAAACCAUCGAACAACAAGAGCUUGCUAGAACGGGGCAAUUCCAACAGACGAAGAAUUCACUUCAACUUUGGCACACUCCCACAGAAUUAUUCAGUCCAUUUUAUGGAGAAGCAUUGGCCCGAUACCUCUUGGUGAACUACAAGUUAAACGGUCAUUACCCAUACCAUGACUUGAUCAUCUAUGAAAUGGGUGGUGGUAACGGUACUCUCAUGUGUAACAUUCUCAACUAUAUCAAGGAAACACAACCAGAUGUAUAUGCUCGCACUCAGUACAAGAUUAUUGAAAUUUCCAGUCAACUUGCAGAAAAGCAAAAGGCUAAUGCCAUGGAACAAAAGCUUGUACUGCAGGGGCUUGAUUCUAGUAAGGUUGAGAUCAUCAACAAGUCGAUCUUCCAUUGGGACACUGUUGUCAAUGAACCUUGUUACUUCAUUGCCCUCGAGGUGUUUGACAAUUUUUCUCAUGAUUUGAUCCGUUAUGACAACAACACUGGUGAACCAUAUCAAGGACAUGUGGUGAUAGAUGAUCAUGGAGAUUUCUACGAGUUUUUCACCCCGGAACUUAGUCCAUAUGCCAAUGCAUACCUUCAAUUGCGUGAAAAUGGAUCUCAAUCGGUACUUCAACGUUCUGGUACCACCCGUGGGAAACUAGACACCAUGAAGAGUUUAAUCCCAUUUGGUGUAAACCAUGAACAAACAGUACACCCACUUCUUCAACUGUCGCUGAAAUUACGUUGGAAACAUCUGUUAUUGCCGUUCAAGGAUAACUUGACUCCAGGUGAAUUUAUCCCUACAAGAUUACUACAAUUCUUUCAAAUUCUUAAACACAAGUUCCCCAACCAUCUGUUGGUAUGUCUGGAUUUCCAUUAUCUUCCUAAAUCGAUCCCAGGGUACUACAAUGCCCCAGUGGUGCAAACGGUGCUCCAGGACACAAUGGUUGAUGUGCUGACCUAUAUGUGUUACCAAGGAUACUUCGAUAUUAUGUUCCCUACAGAUUUUGCCGUUGCUAGUGAUUUGUAUAGACAAGUUACUGGGAAGGUACCCAGAGUGGAACUGCACCGCGAAUUUCUUGAACAAUGGGCCGAUGCUGAAGCCACAGUUACCAAGAAGGGAGAAAACCCAAUGUUGGACUUUUAUUCCAACGUCAGUUUCAUGGUGAGUUAA